UAAGCUUUUCGACAGAUGUUGUGGUAUACAUGUUGUUGACCUUCGAAACACGAGCAGCAUAUGACACAACGCCAGUAGUACACCGCGUUGAUCAAAAGAAGGCAAGAAUUAUUAUGAAGAAGAUAUCAUUUUCUUUCUCAAAAUCAAAGCCUGUUGCUGCCAAACCUAAAAAUGAAAUUAAGAAAGAUAUCCAAUUUAUAGAUUGCAUUGAGAGCAAUGCUAUAAAAAUCAAAGGUGGCUUGCCACCUGAAAAGGAAGAAGAAUUAAUUAUACCUGUUAAAGCUGAUACAUUACCUAAAAAGGAGGAAGUAAAACUGACUGAUGGUGAGGUGGCCAACUCAGAAGAGCCUCUGCUGGUGACAGCUUCAAAUUCAUCAGAAACAUUGGAAGAUAUUGCAGUUAGAGAAAUUUUAGAAGAUUCGCGCAAAGUUAAAGAAAAAAAUUCUUUGACUUCUACAAUGGUGCUACCAGCAGGUGCUGAAGGCAAAGUUGCUGCUGCAGAGGAAUCAACACUAGCAGAUUAUGAAAAUAUACCUGUUACUGAUUUUGGACUUGCAAUGCUAAGAGGAAUGGGAUGGAAACCUGACAAAGGAAUUGGAAAGAAUGAAAAGAUAGUGGAACCUACUUAUCCUUCUUUACGACCAAAGGGAAUGGGUUUAGGGGCAGAAAAGAGGAAGAUUCCUGUUUCCUCAUCAGAUGAAUCCGAGGAUUUAACAUUGAAAAAAGGUGCUUUUGUUCAAGUACUUGCAGGAUGCAAUAAAAAUACUUAUGGCGAGGUGCAAAGCUUUGAUGAAGAAGCAGGAAGAGUAAUUAUUAAAACUGCUUUAGGAGGUGCAAAUAUAUCAGUUAAUGAAAAUGUUGUGCAAGUUGUGCCAAAAGCGGAGUACAAGAAAUCAUCUCGUGUGAUAAAUCAAUCCCAAUAUGAUGAAUACAAAAGAAGAGAAGAAAGACAGGAAUCAAGAAGAAAAGAAGAAAGAAAUGAGUUAAGGAGGCAAGAAUGGGAUAAUUCUAGGAGAAGAGAUGAAAAGGAUGAUUCUAGGAGAAGAGAUGAAAGGGAUGAUUCUAGGAGAAGAGAUGAAAGGGAUGAUUCUAGGAGGAGAGAAUCGAGGCCUGAUACAUCUGACAAUAAAAGGUACAAGAGAGAGGAUCACAAACACCUUAAUGGAAAACACUUUUCUGGAGAAUAAGUUUUAGAAUUUCUUCCUUGUGAAUAUCUCUGCCUAUGAGUGUCAAGUCUGAAGAAAGUGUGGUGAAAGUUGAUGCCAAAGGAUGUUGGGAAUGGAAUGCUAAAUGUGCUGUUGAAGUCUGGGUAAGGGGGGAAGAGGUGAAAUAUGAUCUCUAAUCAUUAUUCAUAUUUUAUUCCAUACUUUGCUUAAAUCGCAUUAGGAAAGAGAUGAAAACCAUAACAAGCAAUUGUUGGAUAAUUGAUUUCAGCAUGGUUGAAUAUGACCCGACACAUUUAUUAUUUUAAACCUUAAAAUACUUCCUGUAUUUACCUGAAUAUAAUAUGAGACUAAAUAUCUCAUUUGUUAAAUACUGAUAUGAAUGGGCUGGUAAAAAGAGAAUCUCAAAGGAAUGGCAUUGCAGUAAGUGAAACACAUCACACUCAUUGACAAGGCCGCAAGGACUCUUGAUUCAACACCCAGUGAGAGGGAAGUGAAAAAAAGAACAUAGAAGCACGUAUGGUACAUCUAACCCCGGAGACAAGAGAGAUAAAAAAAUAUUUUCAUAGCAAGAACUUCUCAAAUUUGGAAGCUUGAUACUCUCUCUUGUGUUACUUGUAAAAUGAGAGGAAUGGAAAUGUAUGAUUUUGCAGUUCACAACUCGGUCAUGUGAACGUUUAAGUAUGCAAAUUUCAAGAACUUCUGUUAAAGAAUAUGAAAGAACCAUUAAGGAAUCAGAGGUCACGAACAAGUGUGUGUCAGGAAGAAAAUUUUAAGAAGGGAAUAUUCUUAAGUGACGUCAGAAUAAAGACACAAAUUCAAUGCACAAAACUUUUGGGGGUGGGGGCAAAAAAUUUAGAGGAGAAUGAAGUUUGGGAGGAGGAUCAAAAAGAAACAAUGAUAUAUGUGAAGAUGAAGAUGGUAAUGUGAAAAACCAUGAUUAAGAUGAUUUUAAGGAGCAAGAAUAUAACCGCUCAGGCAUUUCUAAUUUUUUAACUUUCUAAUCAACAUUACAAUUUUCUAGUCUAUCGGACAAUUUGUAAUUAUAUUUUGACUAAAUAGUAAGAAUAAGUUGAAAAAAGUUUUAAAAAUUUCAGGAGAUCUUCUCAAAAUUAGGGGGUUCAAAAUCGACAUAUUUGGGUAAAUACACUAAAUAAACUAAGAUUGAGAUUGUAGAACUGUUCUUUCUGAUCAUUCUUGUCAUGUACACUAUUUGUACAUGACAUUUUGUACAUCAGGGGUUGUUUACACGAGUGCUCAUAGCUACAAAAAAGUAAUGUAAAAAAGAAAUUUCAGAUCUUAUCCCUUAACCUCUCCCUGUUCACAAAUUGACUCCUGAAGCCAUAAGAUCAGAAAAAGAAAAAAAUGAGGGACAGGAGCCUGCAGUAAUGAGGACAAUCCAUAGUUUACAUAUGUAGUGUGUCCAAUUUCCUGUCCAAAAGGUUUCUUAUUACUUUAUGCAUUUAUAUGAACUUUAAGUGAAGAGAUAGGUUUGAAAUGUUUUAAAGAAUAAAUAUUUUUCACAAAGAAUAUCUGUGAAAAUAAUUAAGCUGUGAUUGAUAGGUUUGGUGUGAAGAAUUUGGGGAGUGGUUCGAUUUGCUAGAGACAAAGGAUUCUUCUGAAGAUAUUGUAGAAGCAAUUGCAUAGUAUAGUAUGCCUUCAUGAGAACUUCAUUGUUGUUCAUUACAUUCUCUGAAUUAGUUUUCCUUUUUUCGUUACCAACUAUUGUGCAUCUAAGGUUUUUGGCUUAAAAUGCAUUACAAGUAAUUUGUUGGGCAGGCUCAAGAUUGCUUUAUGUUAACAAGAUGAAAGCCGGAGUCAUUUCAAC